GGACCUGAGAGAGCUGGGACAGAGACAGACAUACAAUUCAGCAGCUUAUCAGAAGAACAACUUCUGUAUCUGAGGUUUAAAACACAAGAGAUGAGGAAAUCAUCCAACAGGAGGCAGCAGGGAUAAUUAAUUGCUCCAUGAAGAAUCAGGGGCCAUGUCGCUGAUGGAGCUCUGUCUCCUGGCACUGGCCUUGUGGGUUAGUGUCGGAGUAAAGGUCCAAGUUCGGGGCGACCAGAUGAAGCCAGCCUGGACACCUCUGAUCCCUCAUCGGCCUUUUGUUGUAGUGUGGAACGCUCCUACUGAGUCCUGCCGCAUUCGAUUCAAGGUGGACCUGGACCUCAGUGUUUUCGACAUUGUAGCGAACCUCAACGAAACCCUUAGCGGACCAAAUGUCACCAUAUUCUACCAUAGUCACUUGGGAUACUACCCAUACUACUCCAACUCUGGGGUCCCUAUCAACGGUGGACUACCGCAGAACCAGAGCAUCUCCAAACACCUGAGCAAGGCCCGGGCAGACAUCGAUAAGCUAAUCCCCCACAAGGAUUUUCGAGGCCUGGGUGUCAUCGACUGGGAGAACUGGAGGCCUCAGUGGGUCCGAAACUGGGGCUCCAAGGACAUCUACCGCAACAAGUCUAAGGAACAAAUCCGGAAACUUCACCCAAACUGGCCCGAGAGCAAGGUGGAGAAGGAAGCGAAGGAAAAUUUCGAGAGGGCUGGCCAGUCCUUCAUGAACCUUACCUUGGCCCUGGCUGAAGGUCGCAGGCCGGACGGGCUGUGGGGGUUUUACCUGUUCCCAGAAUGCUACAACUAUGGGUAUAAGCAGCACCCGCAACGAUACACCGGUGAAUGCCCCAACGUUGAGCAUGUACGCAACGACCAUCUAAUGUGGCUUUGGAAGGAGAGCACGGCCCUCUACCCAUCCAUCUACCUGGACUAUGAGCUCAAGUCCUCCCCCAACACUGUCAAGUUUGUUCACCAUCGAGUCAAGGAAGCUAUGAGGAUCGCGUCCAUCGCCCGUAUAGACUUCACAUUGCCUGUGUUUGUCUAUUCCAGACCUUUCUACGCCUACACCUUUGUGGUUCUUUCAGAGAGUGACCUGAUUCAUACCAUUGGGGAGAGCGCCGCCUUGGGAGUGUCAGGCGUUGUCCUCUGGGGAUCAUCAGAGUACGCUCGAUCACAGAGGAACUGCCUGACAGUGAAGAAGUACAUCGACGGUACGCUGGGACAUUAUGUCAUCAACGUCACCUCUGCUGCCAAGCUGUGCAGCAAAGCACUUUGCAAGAAGAACGGCAGGUGCGUCCGCAAGAGCCUGGACUCAGGCGCUUACCUGCACCUGAAUCCGCGCUUCUUCCACAUCCACCGCAACCUGGCGCCCAGGGGCCCCCGCUUCCACGUCAGCGGUCACCUCAACAACCACGACAUCCUGGACAUGAAGCACAAGUUCGUCUGCAAGUGCUACCAGGGCUGGACUGGCGUUUACUGUGAGAUGCCACAGGCUCCACCCCGUCCUCCUCCUCCCCCACCUCAGCCUGCCAUCCCUCUGCCUCACCCCAGGGAGAACAGCCUGCUGGGAGAUAUCCUGCUCCUCCUAUCCCUCCAUUUCUCCUGUCUGUGUAUCAUCAUGUUCCUGGGACUCUGUCUGAUAAUAAAGUGUCUGAUACUAUAGACACCAAGACUUAAUUUUAGGACCCCGGAGCCGCUGUGGAGAGGACAACACACAGGUCUGUAGAAUAAGCGGCUACAGCUGAGUGUUAGCCAGACUUAAAGUGUGAUCAAGUGCAGCUCCUCUAAUGUCCACUAGAUGCUGAAAUGAAUGGGAAAACAUCCAACUUCUCUCUACAAUCAACAAAUACAGUCAGUUCUAAGUAGCUGGGUUUACUUCAUCUAAUGUGUCUUAGUGGUGAUUUUGAAAAUCAUUUUUUAAUAACAGGAAUAUUUCACUAAAAAUCGAUGUUCGGAUUCACAACAGAGACCAAACUUCACAGCAAAAAAUGGAAUUAAAAAUCCAUAGACAUUUCUAACUGUACCGACAAUAAUCUCUGUCCAUCGAUCCAUUUUCUGCCACUAAUCCAGGUCCAGAUCGUGGUGGCAGCAGGCUAAGCAAGUUAGCCCGGACAUCCCUCUCCUCACCCACGUUCUCCAGCUCCUCGUACAUUUGUUUCUAAAGCUAGAAGCUACUUUCAUUCAGCCAAAAACAAAGCAGGCCACUGUUAAUAGUGCAUGGAUAACCUAUGAAUUACAUCUCUAGUCUCAUAGUGCAACACUGGUAAUCAGGCUGUCAGGAUCAACUCCACUCUGUUCUUGAGCCCAAGGAUUUUUGAAAAAUAUCUAAAAUACACUGUUUCUGUUUGUUGCUAGUGAAAGAACAUACAGAUCAACAGCAGAUAAGUGAAAUGUUUGCCAAGUUUCUAUGGACGUUUUGAUGCCUUUUUUUUGCUGUGAAACUGGGUCUCCAUGUGAAUCCAAUGUGACUGCAAGCUAUGAACUUUUCAGAGCUUGCAGGGCAUGAAAAUACUCAAAAGAUAAGUUUUCCUAUAAAAAUGAUGCUUCUUUUUACGGCCUAAAUAAAGAGAGAUAACUUGA